UUAUGUUUAUCACAUCAAUUUAAUAAUUAAUAGUAGCUUUUCUCCCAUCUUUUUAUUUUUAUUUUUAUUAUCAGUACAUAUAUAAAUACACAAUUCCGACCUUCAUUGCUCUGGAAUACUGUUUUUAAUGUUACAGAUGUUUUGAUAUAAAGUGACAAUAAAAUUAGAAUCUAUAUUACUGAUAAACAAUUUGUUGUAAAGCUCAAACGUUCAAGAUGUUCAAAUUUGGAAUAGACACUACACGAAUUAUAUCAACAACAUACAAACGAGCCAUGUCAACACAAGAGCCCGAAGUGUUAUUUGAGACCUUAAAUAAUGCUGGCAUCAUUACAUUAAAUCGUCAAAAAGCCUUAAAUUCCUUAAACUUGUCUAUGGUUAAUACAAUGUUGCCAAAACUGCAAGAAUGGGAAAACAGUAAGCAUAUGGUCAUAAUAAAAGGUGCCGGGGAGAAGGCCUUCUGUGCUGGUGGAGAUGUGAAGGCUGCCAUCGAUAGGGUAAUCGGACCAAAGUUCUUCUUCACAGAGUACAAUGUUAAUUAUUUAAUUGGCAAAUACAAAAUUCCAUACAUAGCUUUAAUUGAUGGGAUCACUAUGGGAGGUGGUAUGGGACUGUCUGUGCAUGGCAGGUAUAGGGUGGCCACAGAGAAGACAGUUAUAGCCAUGCCAGAGACAAAGAUUGGACUGUUUCCUGAUGUUGGUGGUUCUUAUUUCCUGCCCCGGUUGCAGGUCAAUCUUGGAUUGUAUUUGGGUUUAACUGGUGACAGACUAAAGGGGAAGGAUGUAGUAAAAGCUGGCAUAGCAACUCAUUACGUCACAAGUAAACGUCUGUAUGAACUAGAAACACUACUCUCACGAUGCACCAGUGAUGUUGAGAUCAGUGCACUCCUCAACAAGUUCAAUGAACCUCCUGAAGAGUUCUCGCUAGCUCCGCACAUUAAACACAUCAAUUAUUGCUUUGCCGCGUCCACAGUUGAAGAAAUUAUAGAAAGGCUCGAAAAAGUACAGAAUGAUUGGUCUGUAAAGACACUUGAGACACUACACCAAAUGUGUCCUGGUUCAUUGAAGAUCACGCUGCGAGCUCUACAGCGCGGCGCACAAUUAGAUCUGGCCAAGUGCCUUAAAAUGGAGUACAGGAUCGCUUGCCACUCCACAGAGAACCAUGACUUCCCCGAAGGAGUACGCGCCCUCCUCAUCGACAAAGACAACAAACCGCAGUGGAAGCCCAAGACCUUGGCUGAGGUGGACGAGGAUUACGUGGAAAGCUUCUUCAAGAAGUUCCCCGAAGAUAAGGAACUGCAGUUCCUCGACUCCAAACUGUAGAUAAACAGGAAAUAUUUCUACAACAGGGUUUUAUUGAAUUUAGAAACAAAACCAUAGAAAUUUUUAUGAAUAUGUUUAGGUCAGUCUCAUGAUGUUAUGUUUUAUGUUUGUCAGUUUAGACUAUUUUUUUAAGUAUAUUUGAAAUUCCUAUAAAUGUUAUAGUUUUUUUCUAAUUUGUUAGUUUUGUACAAAUUGAUAUUCCAAGUCUAAAGCCAACUUUCCCCUCGACAGCUUUAACAUAGACUAGAUAGAGUUUUCACUUUACAGUUAAAGAAAACGCACAGUAACAAAUGUAACUAGUGUACCAAAAGUAUAUGUAUAAAUAAAAUAAAGUGGUAUAAUAUAGUAUCUGAAAUCAAUGUAAGGCAAGGAAUUUAAUUUCUGACCAGGUACGACUAAUUUAUUUUUUAUGGUCAUUUAAAUAUUACAUAAGAUUUUAUAAUCUUUCAUUUAAUCAUUUUUGCUGAAGUAAGCGAAACUGUUCUUUAAUAUGUAAGGCCUAAGGUCGCUUUUAAAUCUAUAAAUGUAUCUAGAAUAUCCGUGCGCAUACGCACGUCUGAUUGCGAACUUUAAUA